AUGGCAGGCUGACAUUACAAUCCAUCCCCCAAAAGAGAUAGCGUAGUAAAUGGCCUAUAUAAAAACAGGUUCUGUGAUGCUCAGGUCAGCCCUUACCUCAUGUCUGAUGUGAACAGUGUGGCAUCUUCUGCAGGACCUUAAAAAAAGAUGACGGUGACAAGGAUCUGCCUGAAUCUCUUCCUCUUGGUGCUAGCAGCCUUGCCUCAGAUGACUUGGCAAGAAUCUAUCAACUCCUUGGAAGUGAAGUUAUUAGAGUCACUGCUGAAUACAUAUUCCCCAUCCCUGAUGCCCAGAAAUGGAACCAGCCCCCUUGUGGUGGAUGUCAAGAUAGAGAUGUCUAACGUGCUUCAUGUGGACAUCAUGCAAUACACUAUCACAUCUGUCCUCGUGCUUUAUCAGUCAUGGUAUGCUGAACAGCUGGCCUGGAAUGAGACAGAGUUCCCCUUCACCACCAUCACUGUGCCCUGGGGUUCGGUGUGGACUCCUUCCCUCACAGUUCAAGAAUCGUUUGAAGUGACAUGGAAAACAGAAUCUCCUCCCGUAGCGCUUCACAGUGAUGGGAAAGUGGAGUUUGCGCUCUCUCUGCGCAUCGACAGCAACUGCAACUUUGAUCUCUUAUACUACCCACGAGACAGCACUCGCUGCACUCUGAGCUUCUCCUCUCUAGCCAACACGGCCAAUGAGCUGGAAUUCAACGUCUCCAUUCAAAACCAGAUUCUGAAUUUAAAGCGUGAAUACCUUGUCACAGACGUGAAAGUCAGCAGCCUGAAGAAUUUGCCACAGCCUUGCUUUGUAGUUAUGGUGAAGUUAGAAAACACAGGAAUGCGAAUCGUCCUCUCUGUAAUUGUGCCAAGCCUGGCACUCGUGGUAGCUGAUCUCUGUGGCUUCCUUAUCCCACUCAAAGACAGGCUGGCAUACAUGAUCACCUUGCUGUUGGCUUACCUGGUGUUCCACUCCUCACUCAUUGGCUCCUUGCCCGGUUCUUCUUCCUGCAACCCAUUGCUCAGUUAUUACUACAUCAGUCUCCUGGUGUUACUAUUCCUUAGCACAAUUGAGACUGUUUUGGUGACAAAGUUGGUUACUGACAACAGUAAUCUCUGGCUGAAUUGUGGAUGUCAGUGGGGAAAGGGAAAGGCUACCACUAUGCUACCUAAAGACCAAAGCAAUAAUCCAGAACAUACAAAAGAUCCUGGGAAAAGCGACUGUGGGACAACUGAAGAGUCAUCACAUCUCAAACAAGCUUCUGCCCAUGUGGACAGGCUCUUCUUCUUCAUCUACUUUGGACUGGUUGUUGUGUUUCAUCUCCUGUUUUCCGCACUCUGGCUCUUUUGGAAAUGCGAAUCAGGGAAGCCUCCAGGAGAAGACUAUUUAGAUGGAAUCAAAUGGGAACAAAAAUAAUGGUGCCACCCUUAAAGCCGUGUAAAGCCUUGCUUUGUACUGAGUUGAAGUUAUGCAUAUUUGCCGAUCCUCUAUCUGCAUAAUUUGCUUUGAUCUAAAGAUUUAUGGAAAAUGGAGUGCAUUCAGCAGUCUUCCAGGAAAU